CAACAUCAACGUCAUGUCUGCUUCGACUCCUUCCCCCGUGCCUAAGAAAUCCGACGAGCGUCUGCUCUUCGCUGUGCCCAAGAAGGGUCGUCUGCACGACAAGAUCCUUAAGUUGCUGAAGGGCGCGGGUCUGGACUACCACCGCCCCAACCGCGUGGACAUCGCGCUGUGCUCGAGUCUGCCGGUGACGCUCGUGUUCCUGCCCGCCUCAGACAUCGCCACGUACGUGGGUGAGGGUAAUCUGGAUCUGGGUAUUACAGGCCAGGACAUCAUCGCUGAGAGUUGCACGAAGGUGGAGGAGCUACUGCCGCUGGGCUUCGGCCAGUGCUCACUGGGCGUACAGACGCCUGUCAAGGACGCGAUCACGUCGCCUGAGCUGCUCGCAGGCAAGCGCAUCGUCACGUCCUUCCCGGAGACCACACGCGACUACUUUAAGCAGUUCGAAACGGAGGCUACAGGCCCCACGAAAAUCAAAUACGUCUCGGGCUCCGUGGAGGCCGCUUGCUCGCUGGGAUUGGCUGAUGGCAUCGUCGACCUGGUGGAGACCGGCACUACUAUGAAGGCUGCCGGUCUGGAGCUCAUCUCGACUAUUCUUAAGACUCAGGCCGUGCUGAUUGCCAACCCGCAGUCGGCGCACAAGGACCUGGUGCACAAGGUUCACCAGCGCAUCCUGGGCUUCAUCACGGCCACCAAGUACAGGAUGGUGACGUACAAUGUGGACAAGGAGAAGCUGGAGGAGGCCACCAAGAUCACGCCGGGACGUCGCUCCCCCACGGUGAACGGACUCGUGGGUGGCGGAUACGCCGUGUCGGCGAUGGUCGAGGUCAAGGACGUGUCGGACGUCAUGGACCAGCUCCACGACGUGGGCGCCACCGACAUCAUGAUCUUCAACAUUGAAAACUGCCGCGCCUAGACAACUCGAAAAUGUUUCAGUCAUGUCGUGACAGUCAAUACAGAUCAAUUUUUUGCUUAAA